CUUUUCAACUUUGUGAAUUUUUUUUUUGGUUGUUUGUUUCAAAUAAAAUAAAUUUGAAUGAAAAAAUUUAAAAUUGCAAUCGUAGGUGGUGGUAUAAUCGGUGUGACCACUGGUAUUGCCAUUCAAAAACAUCUUGCCAAUCAUAUUGAAACGAUAACAAUUCUAUCGGAACAAUGGACACCAAAUACUACUGGUGAUGUUAGUGCUGGUCUAAUAUAUCCAUAUUUAGUUGCACCAGAUACAUCUGUCGAACAAAUGGAACGUAUACUGGUUGAAUCGAUUCGAUUUUUCAAUCAAUUAAUUCAAGAUCCACAAAGUAAUCAAUUUGGUGUAUCACGUUUAACAAUAUUUGAAUUGUUUAGCAAUAAAAAUGAAGCUUGCUUACCUAUAGCUAGCAAUGAAUUGCCGGUAAUUCGUACAUUGGAAUCGAAUGAAAUACAACGUUUAUUUCCAACCAUUGGACAACGAUAUCAAUAUGGAAAUCUUGUUGAAACUUUUAUUGCUGAACCAAGUUUAUUUUUACCAUAUUUGAUGGAUAAAUUUCGUGCACAGAAUGGAAAAAUGAUUACAACACGCGUUGAAAAUCUUUUAUCAUUGAAAACGGAAUAUGAUUUAAUCAUCAAUUGUACCGGUAUCAAUGCACGUAAACUUAAUGAUGUUAAUGAUAAUAAUCAGCUACGUUCAGCACGUGGACAAGUGAUGCGUGUAAAAGCACCAUGGAUUCGUCACGGGAUAUUGGCUGAUCAAUGGUAUAUACUACCACAGAAUGAUUGUAUUGUACUUGGUGGUACAAAAGAUUUAGACAAUUAUAGUCUUGAACCAGAUCCAAAUAUAGCCGAACAGAUAUGGAAAAAUUGUUGUAAUUUAAUGCCAACAUUAGCUGGUGCUAAAAAAAUUGGUGAUUAUGUUGGCCUACGGCCAUAUAGAAGUUCAUUACGUAUUGAAUUGGAUGAUAAUCAUGAUGAUCAUAUUAUUAUACAUAAUUAUGGCCAUGGUGGUUCUGGAGUAACAUUAUGCUGGGGUUCAGCCAUCGAAGUCAUCAAUAUAAUCAAGAAAAAAAUUUUAUUUUAAUUUGACUGAUCAUGAUACAACAAUGAUUGAUAUUUAUAAUAAUAAAAGCUAAAUAGAAAAAAAAAAUGACAAGAAUAACAAUCAACAAA